UGAACUCCACUAUGUUCUUUCUCGGCGAAACUAAAAUUCAGCAGCUCCGCCGACCACGUCGCUUGAUUUCGGGGAAACACCUAAGGUCACCCUGCACGGAGCCUACAGUUGUAAACAUUGUGAGGUGCGGUGAUCAUUUGCCAGGCUAAGAUGAAUUCUCUAACACAAGGUGUAUGUCUAUCGCCAGACAUCUGUGAAAGGGAGCAUGAUAAGAAACGAAAGUAUUACGUUGAUCAGCUUCAAGAAUUUCCUCACUCCUUCCUGAUGACUGAUCUACAGAACAAAAGCAAAAACUCCUUUGAGCGUGUCAAAGAGGGUUUGGAAGAAGCUUUGAAGGUGGGCUUCAAGACUACUUUGGAAACAGCACGGGCUACGAACUUGUUGUCGUACUGUUUGUUUUGUCUCGGUAAUCUAACCGAGGCAAAUAAACAAAUCGAUAAAUCUAGAGCUCUGGACGAUCAAAAGACAAACAUUGUGUCCCUGGCCAAUAAAGCUUUCAUUUUGACUUAUAUGGACUACUACGAUCGGGCUCAAGAACAAAUCCUCGUUCUUCAAGAAUUAAAGAAACAAGCCGAUUUUCCCUACCUGGUAACAAAAGCUAAAGGAGAACUUGCGUUCAGCUACACUCGUAUGGGUCCUCUAUUUUAUUCUCAAGCUACCCGGUUGUUCAGGGAGAUUUUGCCAAAUGCACGAGGCGAAGAGCAGUUCUUGUGGGAGUUUGGCCUCGCUCUAACAUAUCGAAGAGUCAUGCACAUUCAAAACAUUGAGGUGAUCACUGUCAUCGAUAAUCAAGAAGUAAGAUCACUCGGGGAAAUGACUUUGAAACUACUGAAUGAUAUUAUUAGAGGGUCAAAAAGUAAAAACCUACAGGCUAAGGCAUAUUCUGAACUUGCCCUACUUCUUAACCAGAACAGAACCAAUACUCGCUUUAAUCAAGAAGCGGGCAUAUCAGCUGAAAAAGCAUGUAACAAAGCUUUGGAGCUUGACGAGGAGGAUUAUUCUGUCCUGGUUAAAACUGGCCGAAUUUUUCGCUACCUGAAAAAAACCGAGAUGUCAUGUCAGCUGCUAGAGACAGCUGUGUCCAUUCGACCCUCCUCUACAGCUUUCCACCAUCUUGGACUGACGUACAAGGCGCUAGCGACUGCUGCAGUCUACCGAGGCUCCUCCUCCUUUACACGUGGCAGAGGAUCUUUUAGAGGGACAGGGGACAGAGGACGUGGAGGAGGCUGGCGAGGACGUGGAGGAAGAGGCAGAAUGUCGGAAGAAACAUGGAGUGGUCAGAUAAGGGAUGGAAUGAGACGUGACUGGAUAGGUGUCAACGCUCGGAGAUCAGACCCAAUGGUUGGACAAAAUUCUGUUGUCUACUAUGGCAGAGGACGUGCACGGCAAUCAGGCAAUUGGAGAGGAACAAGGGAAUUCACCUGUAGAAGUGCAGACUAUCGCCAGUCUGAAAGCAAAUCAGACACGCAUGGCAAAUAUUAUGCACAGAAACAGGAAUCAGUUUGUUAUUCCUCUUUGCUAGGGGCUGAGCGGGCGACAACUCACAUCAAAGAGACUUCAAUCAAGGGAGAUGAUUGUAGCUUGAAUGCAGCGUUUGGCAUGAUGUCCCUUGACUCCGUCGACCAUAGUGAUUCAGCAAAAAGCGUCUCUUCUACCUACAAAGUUGGCGAGACGCUUACACAACGGGAACUUAAGAAAAUGGUGAAGACACCGAGCGGCAAUGAAACCAAGUUUUCAAGAUCUAAUCCUUAUAUACCUAAAGCUCUACUUUAUCUUGAGAAAGCAGUAAAAUUCAGCAAAGACGAAAACAAACGAGCUGUCUAUGAUCUGGCACUCUUACACAAAGCACUGGAAGAGUAUGACAAUGCCCUACACCUUUUGCUAGAAAUUAGAAGUAAUAAAUCCAUGAUGAUAGGAGCUUUUGAUAAAGUUAAUGCUUGGGAGCAGACAGGACUGAUCUUAAAGACAAUGAGUAAGAAUGAGACAAAUGAAGAAGAAAAGAAGAAAUUGGAUAAGGAAGGUGAGACCAUGCUAAGAACAGCAUUACAUGAAGCAAUGAGAUUAUUUUCAAGAACACCUGGUAUUCAGCAACAAGUCUGCCAUGUCUGGAAUUCAUUUUCAACUCUCCUUGCAGAUAUCGAAAAUUCAGACGGAAACACGCGAGAAAAAAUAAGGGAAAAAGCACGCCUACUUACUUUGGUAAGUAAACACAAAGAAAGUAUCAGCCUUCUUCAAGAACUCAAGAGCAUUUCGUCACAAAGCGAAAACGACCCAGAAACUCUAAAAAUACUUAUUGAGAACUAUUCGGAAACCGAAGAUUAUGAAUCUGCAGCCAUUUUUAUAGACUUGCUGAAGUGCAGCUCUGAAGGCAACCCGACAAUGAGUCUCUUUGGAGACAAGUACUACACGCAGAAGGUGUACAUAAAGGCUGCAAAGCAGCAUUUAAUGACAUCUUGUGAUAAACCAAAAUCAUCGUCUGCUGAACUGGCUAGGCGCUUUUUUCUUGCUGCCUUCACAGAUGUCGUCAGCGAUGUGUUCCAUGUGGGUGGCUCCUCAGCCAGCAGCUGCUGCAGCAGCGAUACUUGGGAGACGAGCAGUUCAUCGGACAGUAAAGACAUUGAAGGAUGGCAUGUGAUGCUCUUGUAUGAAGAUCGAGAUGAAAAUAUGGAGGCUCAUGCAAACAGUUUGAAGUCUCUCUUGAACUGAGGCUUGCUGCCUUAAUGUGACCUGCAUGGCUGAUGACAUUAUGCCCGGAAUGAUCUUAGAUGAGCUGCUACGCAACAUGAAGAAAGUCACCUGCUGGUCUUUAUAAUUGGUGAGAAGAAAAUAUCCAGAAAGCUUAAAUACUUAAUAAAAAGCCGUUGAAAGAAGAUCAACAGUGACAUUACUGGUGAACACCACUAAAGUCCCUGAUGUGCUCUUUUCGCAUAGCUCUAUGUCUUUUCCCCCAGAAUUACUGGACUUCAAAGCUGGAGUGUAUACGCAAAAAAACAUCUGAAACUAUCUGCUCACUGUUUCGGUUCCUCGUUGGCAUUGAAGAAGGUUAGUACAUUAAAUGCACGAACAUAGUUGUUUGGCCAGAAAAGACAGUUGGUCCCAUGCCUGACCCACUUGUCGCCGGUCAGCAAAAGACCUUUGUGGGGAACCUUGUUAACUGCUGUAUCCGUCAAGUUCCCCGGACGACUAGAACAGGUCAGGAUUGGUUGGCUGGUUGGUUGAUUAAUUGGAUGUGUUUUGUGCCGUACCAGCAAGUAAGGCUAUAUCACGACAGGACUGAUCAACAGACUGCACCCUUGUUCCAUGGAGGAUUACCUCACAAGUAAUGACUACAUAUCAGGAGUGAAGAUUUACAAAUAUUGAUUGACAAAAUCGAAAUGUCUAGAAGAUUAACACUGAUGAUAUUGUCCAUGUUUACUUUGAAUUGGUCGAUUUUUUUUCAUUGUAUCAAAAUCUUUUUCUUGCCAUGCACUUUUUCCACGGUGCCGCUAGCUGCCACGCUUCCAGUUGAUUAUUUUUUGUGGUCUUCCAUCAUUGUUAUGACGAUCAUUAUUAACUUUGAUGAUGAAGAAGAUUGUUUCAGAUGUAGAAAACUUCGUAGUUUAAACAGAUCAAAUGAGCAGAGAAUUUUGGUGAUUGAGAUGAACAGAAUAUGGCGAAUGGACCUGAUCUUCCGGGGCUCGUGUUACGCAGAACGACAGAUGUGCAAAACAUCUUUAUCAAGAGACAUGUCAGCAGACAUUAUGUAACCUGAGCUACGUGUUGAAGUAACAAAAGGAACAUUGGCAUCGCAUACUGACUAGAGACAGGCAGUGAAGGGUAAACUCUGGCUCUCCAAUCUAAAAAAAAAAUCGAAGCUUCUGUUUUAUCGUCAUUUAGUUUUAACUUGUGGGUCAUCCAGAAACACGAUCUUGGAUGCUCUGGACAGCAGAGUGUGCCUGAGAAGAACAACUGGUAUACGCUGAGUGUCGUCACCAAAGGACUGAUGAGAGAAUGAGAUUGAAUUAGAGUAGUAAGUGGCUUGGUGUACAUGAUAAAGAGGACGGAACCAAGUACAGAACCGUUGGGGACGUAUAGAGUCUGAUGGAGACACUCAGCCAUCCACUAUGACUGAGUUCUAUCUGAGAGAUCACUGAAACCAGUCGGCAGUAGGAGAAAGACUGGAAUCCGUGGGAAGUGGCGGUCAUAGAGAGGUCGACUGAGAGAGCGAGAGAGCAGAAGAAGCUGAAGAUGCGUCUCAUGGUUUGACUCUGUACGUCUGUGAAAGAUAUCAAUGUACCAACCUAGCUGCUUCUGCCACUCUUCCCAUAGAUCUCCUGUCUGCACCCCGUUAGCCCCAGCUGUCACUCGAUUCCUUUGUCUUCAUGCAUGAUCUGCAAUGCCCUCCCCAUGUCUCUUCAUACAGAAGACGUUUUGCAAGUUACUUUUAUCUAAACCUCUUGCUGCCAAUAAACUGGCCGAGUUAUUUCCCACCUCCUCCCUUUCCUCCCCCUCUAUGUUUCUUCGUGGGUGACAGUAUUUAUCUCUUCAUUUUUAUGCUGCUUAAAUGAGAAGGGAAAGCGUGGGUGGAUGACAAGUGUUGUGUGUGGGAGUGCGCGGAUGUGCUUGGGCGCGAGCGCGUGUCAUGACGACCGUUUUUUCUUUGAUGUAACGGCGUCAUUGAGGAGCUCCACUCGUAUAAAUGAAAAGAGUAAGAGUGAGAGAAAAAAGAGUGAUUUUGCUAACUGUGUCCUUGACUGACGGGGGAAAACCUGACCGUUUCUCCAAUUCUGUUUGAAGUCUGAUCAAAAUUGUGAAAUCCUGUCAAACUGAUUAAUAGUGUGCAGUAUUCACGUGAAACCUGUCGAGGCGAGUCUGCCUCGGUUUGACUUUUGAAUUUUUAACGUAAGAUUUGGAUUGCAUUUUAAUUACAGAAAAGUAAUAUCGUAUUUUAAAUUAUUGUUAGAUUUUUAAGGAGUGUAAUUUUCUAUCCAGGAUUUUCAUUUAUUCUGUUAUUUUCCUGACUGCUGUGCUGGAUAUACCUGUAACCGAAUUUCAAGAGGGUGGCAACCGUGUGUCGUGGUUCUUUGGUCGAGGUAAGGACCUGACCGCGCAGGAUUCAAAAGAUUUGCUAUGAAUGGCCUUUGCUCAACUUUUACCGCAAAUAUGGGAGGGGUUGACUUGCGUGUUUCCGUAUGUACUUAGGGUAAUCAUUUUGUUUGUUGAAUUUUUCGAAUAUCAUAUUCAUUUCUUAAAUUCAGAUUUUUCUUGUUGGCGUUUUGCCGCACACAGGUGUAGACCUGUGACAGUGUGUAUUGUGUCUGUUCAAGGAAGACGUUAAUGAUAAUGGG